AUGGGUACCUGUACGAUCACCGCUGCAGAAUUGAAAGGGGCGAUUGAAGGACUCAGAAUUGCUUGGGACAAGGGGCACAUGAAGGUACAACUUCACCUUGACUCUAUGACAGCUAUUUCCAUCAUGAAGACGAGCGAGGAUGAUAGCCAUCGGCACGGAUUUCUUUCCCAACUGGGGAAUUAG